AUGUUCGAGACCACGCUGACCCUGCCGCGAACCAGUGUGCUCACGGAACCGCUGGGCAGCGCCGGAACCGGAACAGGGCCCUCCACGUCGACGGCCGCCGUGGCCGUCCAGACGUCCAGCAAACGCCGCCGGCGGCGACGCAACAAGCGUCGUCGCAAGUCCUCGCUGUCCAGCAGCACCGAUGCCCCGUCGUCCCGAACCUACGAUCCCGUGAUGACGGGCAGUACGCUGCGGUCGGCAGCCGUGGCGUCGGUGGGCGGCGGGAGCGUUGGGACGGGACCAGUGCGUCGGGGUCGUCGCAGGAGCGGGGUCAGCUCAUCUUCAUCGGCGGCAGCGGCAGCGGCUGCAGCAGCGGAGGAGGAGGCGGAAGAAGCAGAGGCGGAGGCGGCUCGCCAGGAGGAGGCAGCGGAAAUUUUGAGCGGAAACAGCAGCCCAUCGAUGUUCGUCGAUCCGCAGGACUUUUUCGAGACCCUGGACUAAAUCUAGAUUAUUUACAAUUUGCAAUAGGUUAAAUUUUGUUGUUACUCUUCCGUUCUCUCACCUUUUUUACCAGCGCCCCCGGCUUCUGUGCGCCCAUUUAAGAAUAAUAAUUGCCGUUCUUUUAACUGUUCGAUUAUGCUAAAGAUGCGAAGCUUUUGGCGGCCUUUGAUUUAGCGUGAUUUUUAAUAACUUUUAACAUAUAUUUUAUGUAGCCUUUGUAAGCAUUAAAGUGUGUAAUAUUAUGAUGUAUAAUUAAAUUUGCGAACGUGCUGCGACACGACCCUUGAAGCUGAUCGGAUUCUUUGUUUUUCGCUUCCACCGCCCGAACACAAAACACACAGCACACACCACACCCACAUAUAAUCUAGAACCGAUAUUGAAGCGGACUAGCCUAGUGCAAAAACUGUUCAAUCAUCUACUUAGCAAGUUAAUAGAGAACCGAAUCCCAUAGUUAAUUGGUGUACACCCACGUAGAUUUUCCGCGUUCAAAUUCUCCGUGUUUUCUGCGAUUUUCGAUGGAUUCCGCGCCAUCAUGUGUAUUGUGGCAAGACUAAGCAAAAGCAAAUGAACAUUUUAAGUGUAAUAUUUCGCUAUAGUGGUUAAGCAUAUUAAAAUUUAAUCUAUAUAUACAAGAUUGGUCAUACACACAUACGGCAAAGCAUGAAUACAAUUUAACUGGAUAAUCGUUUAAAUAUAUUGUAUGGAUGUGUAUUUCAGGAAA